UGUUCAAACGCAGGAAGAAUUGGAGAUUGGGGUGGCUUAGGACACCCAGAGUGAACAGGAUAUGCGUUCAGUUGAGAUAGAACAUUCGGUCGCGACGGUUGGUAAAUUUGACUAGUGAUUCUUGCGAUUGUCGAAGGUGAUUUUAUUCUUCCCCCAAGCGAAUCGAUUUCGGCGAAACGUGAUUACCUCCCUCUUUGAAAACUAUGUCAGAGCCUCCAUUGCGCUGUGAACCGACGAGCUUUGAACUGUAAAGUGAUUGUAGAAAAAAAAAACAGAACUAGUGGAACAUAGAACAUGAAAUCCUCAGUGAAACUGACAAUCCUCGUUUGUCUAGUUAUUCUUCUCCUCUUGGUAGAAGAUACGAUGGCUCGCCGAGGUCGUGGUCGAGGACGAACAAAAUCAAGGAUGCAAAUCGGUUUGCCAAUUACAGGAAAGUACCGAGAUCCGGAAUCUGAUCAGUAUUAUAACAAUAAUAACGGUGCCAAAAUUACUCUUGCGUCACACUUCGACUAUGAAUACGUUCUGGGGCAUAAGAUAGCGUUUCUUUGUGUGGCGCGCGGUACACCGAGACCAACGAUCACAUGGUUCAAGGACGGAGUGGAAAUCUUCAGCCAUCUCUAUCUGCAUGUCCACGAGUGGUACAUUGGUAAGGACAAGGUGAAAUCCAAGAUAGAGAUCGAUCCUGCAACGCAAAUGGAUGCGGGGGUGUACGAGUGCACUGCGGAUAAUAUGUAUUCGAUUGAUCGAAGGAGUUUCAAGACGGACUUCUCAAUUGCCUUUGAUUAGUAGUAUAUUUUUUAAGAUGUGGACUGUGUUUUAGUGUUAACGAAAAAAAAUGGAAUAGAAUAACUUCAUGAUAUAAUGAUUCUCAUUGCUUCAAAUCGCUGAGAGAUUGGAGCGCCAUUUCAUAUAGCAUAACCCAGAUGGAUAGUCAAACAGUGAUUGCAUAAAAAUAUAACAAACAAAAGUAUUCAAUACGUCGCAAUUCGCUGUUUCGAAUGUCAUACGGGUCACCUUAAACCCAUACGCGUACGUUUUGGUCCCAGCUGCAGGAAGCCAAUGCCAUUCCGUUUGGAGCCAUACAGAUGGAUGUGAUACGAUUCUCGUGGCCGCUAAGGGCACCUGUGAAGGGGUAAAAAUUUGCAUAAACUUCAUAUUGGUGUUGUUCCUUCAUAUUGUUACCAUUAUGCUGUCCCUUCAUUGUGUCCCAGAUGUGUAUGUUGUUGUCAUCCGAUCCACAAAGAAUGUAUCUUCCACUAAGUGAUAGUGCUAUUGUAAAUAUGUAAAAUAAAUGAAAAUAGGUGGGUCAUAACUAUGGUAUAACCGCAAAGUUGACGUGGGACUUCCGUUGGUUUAGUAAUCAUUAUUUUGUGUUGAUUAAAUUAUUGAUUGAAUGACACAAUUCAAUUCAAUGCAACAUAAUUGGUUUGUAAGUAAGGAAUGGCCAAUUCAUGCAUUGCGAUAGAUUAUGUUCUUCGUUACAAGUAAAUUUAUGAUCGUCUUUUUACGUUUGGUAUGAUGUCUAGGACUUCCGAAAUAUGUGAACGAAUAAACUGUCAAACGAUUAUCGUAUCGCUUCUUGAAUCGCGAAUUUGCUUGAUUUGAUGAACUUCAGGCAUUCAGUUUCAGUUUUGACAUACACCUCCAAUGCAUAUCGUUGAAUAAAUCGACGCUAUCGCAGCAAAUGGUUGUCAACAUUUUGCCUAAUCAUCAAACGGUAUGCGUAGAAAUCCAGUCAGCAGAAGACAUGAAGAAUAAUGUCGUGAAAAACUGAGCCAAAGCAUAGUUCGUACAGAAGUACCCCGGCUUGCAUGAAUCAACAACUUCAACAGCUACUUUUUAUACUAUAGAGGCUUUAAACUUGAAAGUCAAGCCUCGAGUAUCUUACAUGACGAUUUUCUCAGAAUCCUCGGUUUAGAAGUACGUUUUAGGGAAAUUCAUUACGGUGGGAACAAAAAUACCCCUGACUUACAUGUAUUUGCGAUGCCGAUUUCCCCAGACACCUUAGCAGUGUUUGCCGACUGAUCGUUUUACUGAAUAAUUCGCUUUCGUUUGUUAAAAUAUGAUCUUACAGAAAUCAUUUCCCUUAGUGGCAUACUUUUGCUUUUACGUGCUACAAAUCAUAACACAAAGGAGAACGAGACAACUCUUCUUUGGUUCGCACUUCAUGAUACACAAGCAAGCAAACCAAAACCGACAUGAACGGCUAUUACGACGGAUUAGUGCGAUGAAUCCAUCUUCGUACCCCCCGACGCAGUUGUUGUAAAUGAUGAGUCAAAAUGAGCAAUAGCAGCUUAUCAUUGUUUUGAUUUGAUGGUGAAUAUAAACAGGAUUCGAAGUAAAAUUAGAUUUUCAUUAUUAAAUAACUUAUUAUUAUAAUUGAGAAACCUACUUACAGACUAGAAAUUGAAUUACCCAAUUAUAUUAAAUUUAUUUGUAUGAAAAUACCUAGUAGGAGACCAAUUGUAAGUAACUAAAAUUUGUUAUCGUAAAAUAGUUCGAAAUGUGGAAUUAAUUCGAACCAAUAAAUUUACAGCUUUGAGCUGCUUUCAUCGGGAA